GUUUCCUUCAGCCUCGUUUCGAUCCCAUAAACACUGCUGGAAGUGCUGCUGUCGGCCGCGCUCGGUUUUCUCUCGUGCUUCGUCGACAUUUCAAGGCGCGCGCCUCCAAGUGAAGCGGCAGCAGCGGCACGCGCAUCUCCUUUUACAGGACAGAGCAUCUGCAGUGCUCGAGACGCUUCUGAACCAAGCUGGGCCGACACCAUGAUGCUGCGCUGUGUGAUGGAGGCGAUGUUCUGGUAGAAACCCACUGUAGACUGCUGUGGCAUCGCGCGAGGGGCCCGAACGCGACAAUGAAGCUGCUCUUUGUGGUGACACUCUUAAUGCGCGAGGCACUGUGCGGAUCUCCGAGCGUCCAGAUCGGUGGUUUAUUCCCCAGAGGAGCUGACCAGGAGUACAGUGCUUUCAGAGUUGGUAUGGUUCAGUUUGGGAUGACAGAUUUCAGGCUGACUCCACAUAUCGAUAACCUGGAGGUGGCCAACAGUUUCGCUGUCACAAAUUGCUUCUGUUCCCAGUUCUCUCGGGGUGUCUACGCCAUUUUUGGCUUCUAUGACAAGAAGUCGGUCAACACCAUCACAUCAUUUUGUGAGACCCUUCAUGUCUCCUUCAUCACUCCAUCUUUCCCAGCAGAAGGAACGAAUCAGUUUGUUCUCCAAAUGAGGCCGGACAUCAAGGGGCCACUGGUCUCAUUAGUGGAGUACUACAAAUGGGAGAAGUUUGCCUAUCUGUACGACAGUGACAGAGGUCUUUCCACUCUUCAAGUAAUACUGGACACUGCAGCAGAGAAAAAAUGGGUUGUAACAGCAAUAAACGUAGGAAACCUGAAGGAUGAGAGGAAGGAUGAAGCUUACCGCUCCCUGUUUCAGGACCUGGAAAUCCGUAAGGAGCGACGCAUCAUCCUGGACUGUGAGCAAGACAAAGUCAAAGACAUCAUGGAGCAGGUGAUCACCAUUGGCAGACAUGUGAAGGGAUACCACUACAUCAUUGCAAACUUAGGUUUUGUGGACGGCGACCUCUCAAAAAUCCAGUAUGGAGGAGCAAAUGUGUCUGGCUUUCAGAUCGUUGAUUUUGAUGAUCCUGUGGUGGCAAAAUUUGACCAACGAUGGGAAGCUUUAGAGGAAAAGGAGUAUCCUGGAGCUGAUUCACGCAUCAGAUAUACUUCAGCGCUCACCUACGAUGCGGUAAACGUGAUGACUGAGGCGUUCCGCUUCCUGCACAAACAGCGAAUAGACAUGAGUCGCCGUGGCAACAGUGGGGACUGUUUGGCCAAUCCAGCAGUGCCGUGGGCACAGGGGGUGGAGAUUGAACGAGCCCUCAAACAGGUGCGCGUGAACGGUUUAACAGGAAACAUUCAGUUCGAUCAGUACGGGAAGAGGAUCAAUUACUCUGUGACCAUCAUGGAACUGAAGAACAGCGGACCUGUGAAGAUUGGAUACUGGAAUGAGGUGGACAAGAUGGUGCUGACAAAGUCUGACCUUUACCCAAAUGACACCAUGGGAAUGGAGAACAAGACGGUCAUUGUGACAACUAUACUGGAAGCUCCUUAUGUGAUGCUGAAGAAGAAUGCUGAACUGUUCCAGGACAAUGACCGUUAUGAAGGUUACUGUGUCGACCUGGCUGCAGAAAUAGCAAAGCAUUGUGGGAUCCGCUAUCAGCUGAGGAUUGUGGGAGAUGGAAAAUAUGGAGCAAGAGAUGCUGAGACCAAGAUCUGGAAUGGGAUGGUGGGAGAGCUGGUGUACGGGAAAGCAGACAUAGCCGUCGCUCCGCUAACCAUCACUCUGGUUCGUGAAGAGGUGAUUGAUUUCUCAAAACCUUUCAUGUCUUUGGGAAUCUCCAUCAUGAUCAAGAAACCACAGAAGUCCAAACCAGGAGUCUUCUCUUUUCUGGACCCGCUGGCCUACGAGAUCUGGAUGUGCAUUGUCUUUGCCUACAUUGGCGUUAGUGUCGUUCUCUUUCUGGUAUCCAGGUUUAGUCCUUAUGAGUGGACGCUCGAAGAACCAGAGGAUGGAGCAUUACCAUUGACAACUGAAUCCACCAAUGAGUUUGGGAUCUUUAACUCCCUUUGGUUCUCGUUGGGGGCAUUCAUGCGGCAAGGGUGUGACAUCUCACCAAGGUCUCUCUCAGGUCGGAUAGUUGGAGGGGUGUGGUGGUUUUUCACUCUGAUCAUCAUCUCAUCAUAUACCGCCAACCUGGCUGCCUUCCUGACGGUGGAAAGGAUGGUUUCUCCCAUUGAGAGCGCUGAAGACCUCGCCAAGCAGACUGAGAUAGCUUAUGGGACCCUGGACUCUGGAUCCACCAAGGAAUUCUUCAGGAGAUCUAAAAUUGCCUUGUUUGACAAGAUGUGGCAGUACAUGAAAUCAGCAGAGCCCUCCGUCUUUGUCAAGAAAACGUCAGAAGGCGUACAGCGCGUCAGGAAGUCUAAAGGAAAGUACGCCUACCUGCUGGAGUCCACCAUGAACGAGUACAUCGAGCAGAGAAAACCCUGUGACACCAUGAAAGUGGGAGGAAACCUGGACUCCAAAGGCUACGGCAUUGCCACACCCAAAGGAUCCCCAUUAAGAGUGCCAGUAAACCUUGCCGUAUUGAAACUGAAUGAGCAAGGAACCCUAGACAAGCUGAAAAACAAGUGGUGGUACGAUAAAGGAGAGUGUGGCUUCAAGGACUCCACCAAUAAGGAAAAGACCAGCGCUCUGUCACUCAGUAACGUAGCCGGAGUCUUCUACAUCCUGGUUGGAGGUCUGGGUCUGGCCAUGAUGGUAGCUCUGGUGGAGUUUUGCUACAAGAGUCGUGCUGAAGCCAAAAAGAUGAAGAUGAAGUUCACCGAUGCGAUGCGUUCCAAAGCUCGUCUGUCAAUCACCGGGUCAACCAGUGAGAAUGGUCGCGUCCCAGUGGCUUACCUUCGUCCAGGAUUACCCAUGAGCCUCAGCAUGACGGAUCUCUCCUGACCACACCCACAUCAGUGCCUUACAGCCAUUCAACACACUUUCAUCCUUCCCCUUCUGUAAGUUACGUGGACAGAAAUGCUUGACCACCAGUUAUCAAGGGCGACCUGCCCUGAUCUUUCCUCCGGAGUUUAGCUGUUCAAACUCUGAGAAGCCCUGAGCUCACUAUUUAGCAUCUAGCUUAGAGAAACAAGACAGACGUCCCUCAAAUAUUUGGCUGUCAGGCUUCAGAAUAAAGACCUGCCAGUCCAUGAAGUGAAUCACACGCCCAUCAGCGAGAGAGACGGAGAGCAAAGGCUACUCCUGCAUAACUCCACUAAAAACAAUCAAGCACACUGGACAGUUUUUUAAUCAAAAACUACUCGUUUUGUAGAUUUUUGCUCCUCUUGUACAGAAAAACAAGGACAAUAGUGGCGCUCAUGCAAUAACAACAUUAAUCAGGGAUGUGAUCAGGAAGUGUGGCUAUCAGAGCAGAUCUUGUUUUAAAUGAAGACAAGUGCUGUGAAGAAGAAAAACUGAUGUCCUGAAUAUUCACAUCGAUAAAAUUAUAAAUAUUGUGAUAGCAGAUAAUGAUGUUGAUAAUGUUAUAGUUCCUUAUUGUUUUCCUCUUUUCUGCCUGAACGUCCAUCAUUAAUAGAGACAUUUACAGAACCAAGAGAUGCAUGGACUGGCACGCACAAACUCAAACAGGGAAGGGAAAUUCAAGUUAAAUCAGAUUUUAAUUAAUAAAUCGUUCUAUUAAAGAAAAGGGUUUAAUUCGUCUAUAAACAGAAAUGUAAUUAGUUACUAAAGAUAAAGCAAUAUUCUGUCUUUUAGUGUAUAUUAAUUUGUUGUUUGGUCAGUAUUGCUGUAAAUGUAUGAAUAUUUAUCUCUUGUUCAGCAGCCCGACAUGUAGAAUCAUGUUGAGUCUGUGUGGCGCUUGUCAAUAGUUGACGUGUACUGUUCCAGAUGUUUUUACUGGGUAGGGACAACUAAACAAGAGGAAGAACAAAAGUGGGCAGACGGUAGCUGAGCUGGUUUAAUGUAACAUUUAGGGUUAAAGACUGGAGGCUGCAAAGAAACAUCAUCAGGAUUUUUUCUUUCUUUAUUUAUUUUUUGUUCUAUUUUUUCUGUUUACAGCUACAGAAAAAAUCUUAAAGCAACACUGCUGAUCUUUAAUCAAACUUUGGCUUCCCCUAACAACGGCUAAUUCAGCAUCUGUCUUGCAUCCUGUCUCUUCCCAGCGAUCACGCCAGCCAGUAAAAGUCAAUCUGAUUUUUACUUUUGUCUUAUCUCUUGCUCUGUCAUUUUCUCUCUCUUUUCUUCUCUUCCCCUAUUAAUGUCCUGUAAACUGAAGCAGCAUCUCAGGAAAAUAGUUGUGUAGUGUGAUAAUUCAGCUUUGCAGUGCUGCUGGGAAAUGAUGGCUCCAGGAAUGUACAAAAAUAAAUGUCAGUGUGCCAUCAAUACGAGUCAGAAACUCGUAUUUUCAAGGUCAGAAGGUUACAUAGUGCUACUUUAAUGUGACAUUUAGCAGUAACAAAUGUGGAGGCUGCAAAGAAACAUCAUCAUUCUGACGUUUUUUUACUGUUUACAGCCACAGAAGAAAUAUGAAAGUCUCACUACUAAACUUUGAGAGAUUUUCUUACUUUAACACAUCCUUUAAAUGGCUUACUCAGCAGCUAUCCUCAUCCUGUCUUUUCUCUGAGCUCUCCCUAGCCAGUGAAAGUCAGUCUAAUGUUGAUUCCUGUCUUAUAGCUUCCUCUUUUACUUUCUCUCUUACAUUUUUUUUUUUGCCAAAUCAGCCACAGUGUCCGUUUAAAACGGCCAGUGUGUUGAUAACCGGUGCCAAAAAGCAAAAUGCUGCUGUAAAGGGACACAGUGAAGUGUGGUUUCUCAGCUUAGGGAUGCUGCUGGGCAAUGAUGGCUUCAGGAAUAUACAUAAUAAAUGUCACUGCACCAUCACAAAGAGUCAGAAAGGCAUAUUUUGAAGGUCAGAAAGUUAUGUAGAGCUAUGACAUUUAGCAGUAAAGAAUGUGGAGGCUGCGAAGAAAUAUCAUUUAACUGUUUACAGAUACAGAAGACAUAUUAAACUCUGUUUCACACUGAGAAGUUUUAAACUUGUUUAUGUAAAUAUGAUGACGAUGAAUUUCCCGUCCCUGUUCACAGACACACACACUGCUGACCGUAUGUACAGACACUGACGAACAUCAUCACACCGCACAUGAUCCUUACAUCUGCACGUGCACACGCACACGACAUUGUCAUGAGUUCUGAUGCCAACUGGAUGAUGUGCCAAACAGACUGAGAACCAAUCAGAGCUCUCAAUGCUCAGCCAAUGGCAGCUGCUGAUACUGAAACCUGAGCCAGUAGGAGCUCACACUGCUGUGAGUUGGACAAAAACAAAAACUGUGAACAACCUUCCUUUCAGAUGUGCACUGCAGUGACGGUGGUAACCAAGACAGCGAGGACGGCGAGGAUGAGGAGAACGUUUGCAUGUCACUUUGAAAUUUUUUCUCUCAGAUGAACUUGUCAGUCUGAACCCUGAUGACUGGCUGCAUAGUAGUGUUUAAUGAUGAUAGCAAUUAGAAUAAUAUAAACAAUAUUAAUUGCAGUAUUAAUGUGGUUCUUGUUAUGUACAGUGUAUGCUUUGAAGAGCUUGAGUCUCCUGUUUUAUUUCUCCGGAAAACAGGUUUUUUUUUUCUUCUCUUUUUUUUCUUAUCUUAUGUUUUGCUAGUUUGAAGUUAACUAAAGCUGCAAAGCUUCUCCAACACAAUGAAUGCUCAAGAUGAGCUCAACACUGAGUCCACUGGAGCUGAAAAAAUAUAUUUAUCUGCUUCCGUUUCUUCUAAUGAACUCAUUUGUGCCAUAACCACAUGUGGUAGGUCUAUCAUUCUGAGAUGUUCAUGGUCUUAUCAACCACUGAGAAAUGUGAAUAUGAUCACUUGCCACUCUGACUUUGUCUCUGGUUUAUCUUCUUUUUCUAUUAAACAUCAAUUUUGAAAA